CUCGGUGACCGUCCCGGACGUCCAACAGAGGCGACAUUAGCAGGAGGGAAUUCCCUGUCCUGUGAAGCUUGUUGCGGUGAGGAGAGCAGUUUGAAAGAGCCCGCUGUCUGGUCAUGGCUGCUCCCCUUCAACUUGGAGUGAAUGUUUCACAGCUUUGUGAGGAUGCAGAAAAGUACCUUGAGGCAGGAGACCUGGGGAGAGCCACAUCUCUCUACAUGUCUGCCUUCAGGACCCACGCUGCCUCCACCAUGUCCCACAUGCGAAAACUGGAGAAGCUCUGCCUGGAUGGGGUGAUUUUAACCCUUGAAAGUUGGCUUGACAGUCAUGGUGAGAACCAGCCUGCUGAAAGUCUCAAUAAAGGUUUGGUGGCUGUGUUUCUGUCCACACUCUGCCCCAACAAUCUGUCAGCCACCAUUUUCAAAAUGGAGUCUCUUCUUCAGAGUGGCAGGCAUGGCUGCGAGGAGAUUUUUGCUCGCUGCACGGCCCUGCUUGAAGGAAAGAGAAGCCCUCAUCCAGAGGGGAUGACUCGCAUGGUCUUGGACAUAACUCGUGCUCUGGCCUGCUUGUUGGCAGAGCCUCAUAGUAUUAAGGGUUUGAAGCUUUACCUUGAAGCUUACCAGAGUAACAAAUCUGAAAUUGUCAUGCUUGUGAAAACCAGACAGACUCAGCAUAUAUCAAAAAUAGUGAAGGCUUUCAUUAUUCAAAUACAACCCCUUCAUCCCACUCUGAUGUUGGACAGCACAUCUGCAGUAACGAAGAGUGAGAAUGAGCGGCUCAGCGCGGGUACUUCCUCUGCAAUGUUUGAGUUUUUGAUGGCUAUUUCGCCCGAUAACACAGAAGUGCAGGAACUUCAAGCAGCACAUUUGUUUUUGACAGCCAGGUUUGUGGAGAGUGCAGAAGUGUACUCUGCUCUCCUGCAUCAAGGUCAUUGCCAGACGAUGUCAGAGAGUAGAUUAGACCAGCCUUUCAAAGACAGUCUUGAGAGGAGAGCAAGGCUCUUAACCAGUCGAGCGGCUGCCUGGUUCUCGGCAGGUGGGCAUACUGCAGCGGCAUGUAGCGAUCUUGGGGAGGCAUUUGAGAUCCACCCUGCCACGGCCCGGAUUUAUUUUCAAAGGCUCUUCACAGAUCAUGGUACAGGGUUGGCUACCCGAAGCCAUCUCCGUCAGCAGGCAGAGAGAGGUCUAUGUGGUUACAGAGAGAAGGUCCUCAUGCGUCCAGACCUUCGGUCCACUGAAGGGGUUGAACUCCUAGACCCUGUGAUCACUCAGUUACGUGCUCUGUGCCAUUUGGAGCCUGACGGAGGAGGAAGAGAGCUCAGGAUACGACUUGCUGACUGUCUUCUCCUCAGAGGGGAAAACAAGGAGUCCCUCUCCAUCUGUAGCCAGCUAGCUGCCGCCAAAGGUCAGCAGAGCUAUCAAAACACAGUGCAGGUUCUCCGUGGAUAUGCAAGACUGCUUUCUGAUGACCACAAGGGGGCAUUAGAAGACUUCCAGGCUGUGAUUGAACACAACACCCCUCACCCAUCCAGCUGUGUGCGGGCACUCUGUGGCAGGGGGCUCCUACGCAUGAUGAGUGGUUUAAACUACCUCACAGCUCUUGACUAUGUGACAGCAAGCCGGCUUCAUUCUCAGGAAACAGCAGUGACUGUUCGCUGUUUGGUGCCAUGGAACUGUCGGGGACUGCUGUUUACUGUUUUAGUGGAGCAGGGACGAGUCAUGCUGGAGGGGACCGGAGAGAAAGAGUUCAAGUCCACAUCUACUAAAGACUCCCAGCAGCUUCAGAAGGACAAUCUGCAGCAUGUUCUGUCAAAGAGAGACAAUGACAGAUUAGGAAUUCCUACUGGAGUUCACUCCUUGGCAGUGCUGCUGAUGGAGCUCCAGCCAGGGGCUGAUGGGCCUCAGAUCCUGGCAGCAGAUGCCUUGUACCAGCUCGGCAGAGUGGAGGAGGCUUACCGGCUACUGCUCUCUGUUGCACCCACCAGUGCACGCGCACCCAUUCUGGCUCGCCUCACCCUGCUGCAGCUGCACAGAGGCUUUCUGUAUGACACCAAUCAGCUCCUGAAGAAGCUCAUUCAGUGCGGUGAUACGAGCUGCUUGCGCUCCCUACUGGCGGUGGCAAAACUCAAGGACCGGACAUUGCUACAUAGACACUGUCACUCUGCUGCAAAACGUAUCCUGGAAGACUCGCAAGAGGAGAGCGCUAUCAGGGAGGCUGUGGCUUAUCUCUCAGUUGCCAUCAUGGCAUCUGGUGGUGAGGCAGCAGACUCGUUGUUGGAAAGAGCCAGGUGCUAUGUGCUGCUGGGCCAACGAAAGACGGCCAUCUUUGAUUUCAGUGCCAUUAUAAAGGAUCACCCAAAACAUGUCCAGGCCCUCUGUGGAAGAGGCUUCACCUAUUUGAUGUUGAAUCAGGAAAAGGAAUGCACUCACGAUAUCCUGACAGCACUACAGAUAAACACUGACACUGUCAUCAAAGACAUCGUGUCACUGAAGGACAAGGCGCGGAAGCUCGUCUGUGAUUGGCUGCAUCAGUUCUGUCGGACCAAUCUGUUGGACAUCGUUGACACUCACACCAUCCCCUGCCAUGAAGAGCAGCUCAGAGAGGCUUUUAUAAUUGGUGGAGCUUUGAUAAGGACCGACUGCAGAGACCCCAGAUGGCAUCUCCUCUAUGUGGACGCACUCUUAGCCAAAGGUGAAGUAAAGGCUGCAGGCGCUCAUCUGUGCCAGGUGUUUGGCCAGGAGCCAAGAGAUGCGGUGGCUCAGGCCAGGUUGGGUGUGGUGGAGGCCUGGCAGCAGAACUACCACAGCGCAGCACGCAGGCUCAGCAAAGUGACAGAGAGAGAUCCAUCCAGUCGGGACUUCUUACUGGCACUGAUCCCAUUCAAUCAGCGCAAACAUAUUGCACAGGCAGCAGCCCUGGAGGCCAGCACCAUGUCCUCAGGUGGUCAUUGGGAUCAGGCACUCACACUCCUCACUGUAGCAGUGACAGUAGCGGGCGAUCACAGGCUCCACUAUCUUCGCCAAAGGGCUGCAUGCCUGGCUCAGCUGGGCUUACAUGAGCGGGCUGUCACUGACCUGGACACAAUUAUCCAGAAACACAGUGGAUCCAACUCCAGCUGCUCAUAUGAACAUCAAGUGUGGGCGGAGGACAUGUGUCGGCGAGGUCGCAGCCUGGUGCUCUGUUCCAGAGAAGCAGCAGCUCUAGAGGAUUUCACGCAGGCCCUGCAGCUCCACAGGGAACAGGCCCUCCACUGUGUGGAGACUGGAUUGGGGAGGCAGCGUCUGGGUGAAUGCUUCCUGCGGGGGGCGCUGCAGCACUACGGGGAGCAGCAGCUCAGUAAAGCCUGGACAUUUAUUGAAUGCGGCCUCAUUGUUGAUGGUGAGAACACAGAACUCCGCAGACUGAGGGCAAAGGUCAAAAGGGAAGUGGCCAGCCCUUGCAAUGUCAACUAAUGCAAAAAGUGUGAAAAGGAGCUUCAGCUGAGCUUCUAGAAUGUAGCCAUGUUAGUGCCUGUACAUGUGUUUGGUAUUAUGGAGAAACCAGCUAACCAGCUAACCAACUAAUGAAGAAUCUUCCAUAAUCUUAAUAGGAGAUUUACUGUACUUGUUCUUUAAGCACACAGUAUUACAGUAUUAAAUAUAAUCACAGAACAACAGUAUAUUGGAUAUGAGAGGAGACUGUGACUCAUAGAUAUUUGCAACACCAACAUUUUAUUGAAUUAUCCCUUUAUUUCAUUAGCCAGUAAAAUUUGGGAGUUCAUAUGUUUGAUGACGGAAAUAUAGGUAAGCUAAUUAUUUUGGAAAUGGGAACAAAAUAGGAUGAGUAUAUGUUAAAAGGAGAUUAUAUGGUUAUCGAUAAUGGGAUUAUACCUUUUCAUCUGAAGUUGCA